AUGGCCCAAGUCUUCCAACUAUCUGGGUUGAAAUCGAUGAGACGGACGUAUCGAAAGAUGCUCCGUGCGACACUCCGUCCACAGAGCUUUUUGAAUGCGGACGAGCCAGAUAGUGAUUCAGAUUUGCAUCAGGAGCCGGACCGGCUGCCGGACCUCCCCGCGAAACAGGAAGACUCGGCCUCGGGCUCGGCUGGUCAACAAGUGAGUCCCGGGGCGCUGGACCGCGUGUACAGUGUGAUCCAAAAGAUCCAGGAAGAGUAUAAAGAGUGGUGGACGUCCUGUAACGUGCUCAUCGAUCUCGGCGAAGGCUCGAGGGACCCUCGCACUAAGUUCUCAUCUGACCGCGUCCGGGCUAUCACCGCGUACUCUCAAGACCCUUCCCCGUCUGAACUCGACCCCCUGCCCGUCCCUACGACGACGGACGCAGGCAAGGCCCCGCAGGAGGCCCCGCCCGGCGUACAUAAACACUUCGAGAUCCUCAAGAGCAUGUUCGCCCCCGACGGCUCUUCUGAAGCCUCGCCGAAGGGGCAGACAACAACAACAACAACAACCUCGUCGUCAGCGUCGUCUUCUUCUUCUUCGGCACAGACCAGCCCGGAGAGCGGUCUGGCGCCUCCUGAGCCGCCGAUGCGCUGCCACACGCCGCCCAUGGCCCUUCAGCCGGAGAUUGACUUGGGCGACAAGACACCCAUCUCCCGGCCUGUCAAACCUGCCAAAUCAGCUGCAACGUGUGCCCCGCGAAAGCCGCAGACACUCACGCCGGCGCCUCAAAAAGUGCACAGUGUCGACCUCCUGGCCUCCACCUUCACCUCAACAAUGACGACGCGAACGACGACGGUCGCUCUGGACAACCACUAA